AUCUUUUUGGUUUUGUUUGUAAAAUAAUCACUAUUCAUUUGGAAAAAAAAUGUCUACAACAAAUUUCUACGAUAUCGAUAUAGAUAAUUAUCAAUAUCAACAAAAUAGUCCAUCAACAAUUAUCGAUGAUGAAUCAAAAUCAUCAUCAUCAUCAUCAUCAACAUCAACAUCAUCGAAUACAAUAAAUAAUCAAAUCAAUAAUUCAUCAUUGAAUAAUAAACAACAACAAAAUGGUCAAAUUGAUCAUACAAUCAACAGUGGCGAUGGUGGUGAUGGUGGUAAACAUUCAUUAGCUGUCAAAGUACAGAAUGUUGCCUAUUCAUAUUAUAGAAAAAAACCUGUGCUAAAAAAUGUUAGCCUCUUUGUUCCUGAAGGAAAAAUUUUCGCCUUGUUAGGAUCGAAUGGUUGUGGCAAAACAACAAUGUUACGUAUGAUAUUGGGUCGUCUGAAACCAGAAACUGGUUUUAUACGUGUAUUCGGCAUUGAACCAUCAUCCACACAUUCACGUAUACCUGGUCCUGGUGUUGGUUAUAUGCCACAGGAAAUAUCAUUGAUACCGGAAUUCACUAUUGAAGAAACAUUAAAAUAUUUUGGACAAAUUUAUCAUAUGGAUUCACGUCAUCUUUAUGAUCGUAUUGAAAAAUUAUUUGAAUUAUUAAAUCUACCUGAUCGUGAUCGUAUUGUACGUACAUUAAGUGGUGGACAAAAACGUUUAGUAUCAUUAGCUGUAACAUUAGUACAUCAGCCACCAUUAGUUAUAUUGGAUGAACCAACUGUUGGUGUGGAUUCUGUUUUACGUUAUCGUAUUUGGAUGCAUCUUGAAAAUAUGUGUAAAACAGAAGGAACAAGUGUCAUUAUAACCACUCAUUAUAUUGAAGAGGCAAAAGAAGCACAUAAUGUUGGAUUCAUUGAAUCCGGCACUGUAUUGGCACAAUCGACACCAUCUAAAUUACAAGAACAAUAUAAUUGUAAUACAUUGGAAGAAGUAUUCUUGAAGCUUUGUAUAUCAAGAUAUUCACGAAAUAAUCAACAACAACAACAACAACAGUAUCAGCAACAACAACAACAACAACAACAACAACAUCAAAUUUUUAAAUCAAAUACAUCAACAAAAACAACAUCACAAUUCAAUGGUGGAACAUAUAGACAAAAGACCAUUGAAUAUGAACCAUCAAUAAAUAAUCAAGAAUCAAAUCAUCAUAAUCAUCAACAUCAUUAUUAUUAUAAAGAACAUAAAGGAGAAAAAAUAACAAUGAAAGAAAGAUUACGUAAAGAAAUUGAUAAAGAACGUCUCAAGGCAAUGAUAUGGAAAAGUUAUAUACGUGUGAAAAGAAAUCCAUUCAUAUUGAUCAUGUUUCAUAUGAUACCAAUUAUGACAAUAACAUUGUUUUCAUUGACCAUAUUACGUAGUCCACAUAAUAUGCCUAUUGCCAUUUAUCCUGGUGAUACACAUGGUGGUAAUCUGUCCAAAACAUUUUUAGAUGUUAUGGAUGAUUAUUUCCUCAAGAAACGUAUUUUCAAUAGCCCUGAAAAAGCAUUAGAAUCAGUGAGAAAAGGUCAUUCCUAUUAUGGAAUGAUUUUUUCCGAUAAUUUUACUGAAUCAUUCACUGCUCGUUAUAUUGAUGUUUAUCGAUCAUCAGUAGAUGAAAUUGAAAUUGAAAGCAGUAAAAUACGUUUAUAUCCGGAUAAUUCAAAUUUUAUAUUUGCCGUUUAUAUGCGUAGAGCUGUGUUAAAUUAUUUUGAAGUUUUUAUGCGUAAAUUUAGCACAGAUUUAGGCUAUAAUCCUAUUACAUUUAAUCUUCCUAUAUAUGUGGAGGAACCAAUUUAUGGAAAAAUGGAAACAGAUCUUGGUCAUUAUCUUGUAUCCGCUUUGAUUGUAUUCAGUUUGUUUGCAUUGCCAAUGGUCAUUGGUUCAUUAUUGAUUGUUAUGGAUCGUAAAGAUGGUUAUCAAGAACGUGCAUUUGUUGCCGGCGUUAAACCAUUGGAAAUUCUUUCCGGUCAUAUGCUUACAUGUUUUGUGGCCGUAUUAUCACAAGUAUUUCUUACAUUAAUGUUAUCAUUCGUCAUUCUUGAAUUGGAUAAUGAAGGUUCAUUAUUGGAAAUAUUCAUUCUGAUAUUUUUACAAGGAAUUCAAGGUUUAAGUAUUGGUUUAGUCAUUUCAACCAUUUGUGUGAAUGAAAUAUUUGCUAGUAUUGCUGUUGUAAGUAUCAUAUUACCAAUGUUAUUAACAUCGGGCAGUAUGUGGCCAAUGGAAGGAUUGCCAGAUAUAUUACAGAAAUUAAUAUUUCUAAAUCCAAUUACAUUGACAAUACGUUCAGUACGUUUGGUUAUGUUACGUGGUUGGUCAUAUCAACAUUUUGAAGUAUUAAUUGGUUAUCUAACAACAACAAGCUAUACAUUUAUUUGUUUUAUAUCAAGUAUAUUUUUAUUUCAUUUAAUAUCAAAUAGUACAAUACGGAUACCAUUUUUACCUCAUUAUCAUUGAUUAAUUAAAUGGUAUAAUGAAUGAA